CCUGGCAUAGUGUCUCCUUUCAAACGAGUCUUCCUGAAAGGCGAAAAAGGCCGGGAUAAAAAAGCCCAGGAGAAGGUGACGGAGCGACGGCCGCUGCAUACGGUGGUGGUGUCCCUGCCCGACCGUGUCGAACCGGACGUGCUGCUGAACGACUACAUCGAGAAAGAAGUGAAGUAUUUAGGUCAACUCACGUCCAUCCCCGGGUACCUGAAUCCCUCCAGCCGCACGGAAAUCCUGCAUUUGAUCGAUAAUGCCAAGAGAGCACACCAGCUCCCGGGGCAGCUGACCCAAGAACACGAUGCCGUCAUCAGUCUCUCUGCCUACAACAUCAAGCUGGUGUGGAGGGAUGGAGAAGAUCUCAUCCUCAGGGUCCCCAUCCAUGACAUCGCCUCCGUUUCCUACAUCCGCGAUGACUCCUCUCACUUGGUCGUGCUGAAAACAG